CAUCUGCACCCCAUUGGCACCGCCCAAUAUAUCGGAGAGCGCAAUGCUUCAACCACUGUUUCAUGACGAUGAGGCAAAGAAAAGCCAAGGGUAUGUUAUAAGCAAACGCCAACAGAGAGAGUUCAGUGGCAAUGGUGUUCUGAGGCACCGCUAUCGAUCAAGACGGUUGUGGAAAACACGACAAUUCAUCCGUUAUGAAUCCCAUGGGCCGUCUUCACCAUGAGACGAAUGGAGUAGAAGUGCAGUCCCACCGCAGCCAACGGCACCGUCCAGAGGCCAGCAGCGGCACCAGUAGUGAUGAAAAUGUUCCGUCUGAAAGAAGAGGUCUACUGCAUUCCUUAAGCAUGGCUCGGCUUCGACGGCCAGGGGGGCUUCAGCGGGCUGCUUCCACUAUUGCACAGUCCGAGGUCGCCAGCCGUAUUGCGAGAGAAGCAAGGUUUAUGGAUGGGUUGCUGCUCAAGGCUCCCUAUGUUCCUGAAGAAGUCUGCAGUGGUUGUGGGAAUGCCGAGUGUGAGUGUGAACCUGAGAGCGAUGAUGAAGAAGAGGAAGAGGAAUUGCCAAAGAAUAGUCUGGAACAAACUAUCCACGACAUCAGGCUCAAAACAGACGUUGUACGCGACUACUCCGGUCGGAUUGUCAACGACCAAUGCUUCCAAAUCUUCAUUGUCAUCCUCAUUCUCCUCAACUCACUUUUUAUUGGGCUAGCAACAUUCGAUUUUGUCGAAAACAACGAAAAUGCCUAUCGAGCAUUCAGAAUACUGGACUUGGCCUUCCUCAUCAUUUUCACUAUCGAAUUGAUCAUGCAGUUCCUCUAUCAUGGCUAUGGCCUUUUCUUCGAUGGCUGGUUGAUGUUCGAUCUCUUUAUUGUCAUCACCAGUUGGACACUCGAGUCGGUGUCGGUGCUAAGGGCGCUCAAGCUGCGUUCCUUUCGCAUCUUCCGUGCUUUUCGCCUCACCACCAAAAUUAGAGCUCUGAGGCGGCUAGUAGAGGCAAUCUUUGAUGUCUUGCCACGAAUUUCUGCCAUUAUCUGCAUGUUUUGCCUUAUCAUAUAUAUCUUUGGCGUCAUGUGUACAGAACUCUUUGGUGAGAUUGACUUCACGGAUCGAUUCCAGGACCCACAAGCCGGGACGUACAGCUACUUUGGUCGAUUAGAUGACGCACUGUUCACACUCUUUGCCAUGGUGACACUCGACUGGGCAAGGGUUACACGUGCGGUCAUGCAGGUCUAUCCAUGGGCAUCAUACCUUUUCUCCACUUAUGUAACGUUUUCAUCCUUCAUCUUGUACAAUUUAAUUAUUGCUGUUGUAUGCGAUGCCGUCAAAAUGGUGCAAGACCAACAAGAUAUUCUCAUGGUGGAAAACUAUGUCAAAGACAAAGUUGAAUCACGGCAUCGAAUCAUCAAUCUGCGUAAAAAGCUCGACAAAAUGUCAAAACAACAAAUGGAUCUUUUGCUGUAUGUGCAACUCCUGCUAGAACAAGUGGAUGAGGUCGGUGAGGCGUCAAAGCUACAUUACGAGGAGGCGCUGUUGCAGCUCAGUCAAACCAAUACAAAUGCUAGGGACUCAUUGAAGCAGGCACUAAAGCAACUGGAUCAUUUUGAAAAGUUGGCUGGAUUAGACGACCUGACGCCAGAAAUAGGUCUGAAACAGAUUCGUUCAGGAAUGUUCAAGCUGAGGCAGAGCCAUUUUGGAACGGACAAAUCGACAAUAACCACCCAAAAUCAUUUCCAAAUUGAGGAACAGGUGCCGAAAAGGCAAAGCAAAUCCCAAACAGAUGGCGAGACACCCGCAAACCAAGGCAAUGCCCGUGUAGUCGGCCGGACAAGGGCAAGGCCAAGCCGUUCCCGCAGCAGUGACAAUGUCGAAAAGCCUACAGGUCCACCACAGUUUCCUCGGUUAUCCGAGAGAAUCCCAAGAAGCCGGAGAGUCUCAUUCAAGGACACCAAAGCACGUAGUGUCGGAGAAUCUCAAAUAGAGGCAGUGGCUGUUUUUGCUGACUUGAAGGAGGCGAUAACCAACCCUUGCGAGGAUGACACAGAGCAAAUCGAUUCGUCGCACUACAGGACUCCAUUCAAUGAGGGUGACGGAUUGGAAAACGAGUCGUUUCACAGCUGUCGCCUGCUACCACCAGAGGCCGAAACAGUGGAUGCCAUAGAUCCGCAUUCCUGAGGGAUAUGUUCAGAUGCCUCCAUUGGUUAGCGAAUCUUGUAUUCGGUUCAAUUGGUUGUCAGGCUUUGGCAAACCGCCCAGUAGAGUUGUCAACGUUCGCAUCUGCCUCCUGCCGACACCAAAAUUUCUGUGCACACUAAGCUCCUCAUGUGGUCUGGUCUUCUGGCUCGAUGAGCUGCACUCGACAAAGUACUGGCGUACUACUACAAUCGCUACCCAAUCUACGUGUCGAAGCCCCUUGAUGCCGAGCUUGUUUCGGCCACAACUACGAGCUGCAGUCGACGCAGUAAUGGCGUACAAUCGAUACCCAAUCUACGUGUCGAAGACCCAUUGAUGUGGAGCUUGUUUCGACCACAACUAUGAGCUGCAGUUGACGCAGUACUGGCGUACAAUCGAUACCCAAUCUACGGGUUGAAGACCCAUUGAUGUGGAGCUUGUUACGGCCACAACUAUGAGCUGCAGUUGACGCAGCACUGGCGUACAAUCGAUACCCAAUCUACGGGUUGAAGACCCAUUGAUGUGGAGCUUGUUUCGGCCACAAUGACAGGCUACAAGCCUUCUCGAAGAAGCAAGAGCUCAAAAAUAUUGUGGAAGCGCAAGACAAAGCCGUCAAAGCAACUAAAAGGAUCAGUCGACAACACGACAAUGUUGCAAGUGACCGGGGGAUUCACUGGAAACUAGCUACCAGAACCUCCCGGAACUCACAUGAUAGUCCUCGAAGGGUUGUGCGUGCCUGUGGUAGCUGUAGAGACAUGUUUUGUCUGUCUUGGUGGAUUGGGACGUCCGACCACGCCGCUAUCAGGAUUUUUGGAGCUGCACAAAGCUGGUCGCAUACCAUUUUGAGCAAAGCAAUAGGUUGGCAGCUAGCUAGCAGCUACCGUAUCGUGAAAUCGGCCAAUGGUGCUGCAUUGCAAACACAGGAUUGUUGCCGUGAGAAACUACUAGUACAUUGGCAAGAGCUACCAUACGGUACCGGUACGGCACGGUAACUACCCUAAGUAUUUACGGUACCGGUGCGUACAGGCUGGCGUCACCAAAAAAUGUUCGCCCUAACUACAUAAAACGAAGCUCGGCGACGUCUAGCUAGCAAGUAGGAAAGUACGAGAUCUUUCGCAUGUGACACCGCGUACUAGUCUACUACGUUGAAAACCAGCGGAAUUUUUCUGGUCUGCAGAGCUGCCUAUCUUUACUACCAUGAAGUUCUUUUUGUGAUGUGAAAAACACCACAGGAGGACUACAGGAUGAACUCAACCAAUAUAGCACCUACACAACCAAGUUACAUAUAUA